AUGAAACCACCACUCCCUUUCCCCCUCGCCCUGAACAUCGGUACCGACAUCGUCCAUCUUCCACGCAUAAACCGUCUCAUCACCCGCCCUGGCGGCUACCUCUCGCGUUUCACCCGCCGCAUCCUCACCGAGUCCGAGCAAGCAGAUUUCCGAGCCCGGUUCGCGCUUCCGCAGCCUCAAUCCCUACCGCUACCGCCAUCGCCGAGCUUACGCACAGCGAAGAAUGCGAAUCCGGAGGGCAAGGAGGUGAGGAUCACACCGGACAUGGCGCGCUAUCUCGCCGGACGGUUCGCGGCGAAGGAGGCGGCGAGGAAGGCUGCGAGGGGUGGGGCGAGUGCUCUAGGGUGGAAGGAUGUUGUUGUUAGGGUUGGACGGGGACAAGGGACGAUUGAAGGACAAGGCCGAGAAAUUAACGAGAGUGAGGAUGCGGAGGGUAGGCCUGAGAUUGUGUUUUUGGAUCGGGAUGGGGAUGGGCCGGGGCGGCUUGGGCGGCUGUCAAUAUCGCAUGAUGGGGAGUAUGUGAUUGCCGUGGUUAUGGCGGCGGGAUGA